AUGUCCGGAUUUGCAUCUUUUUCUUUCGUAUUCGGGAACUUCUCGACUCGUUUUCUACCGACUUCAACCACAUUUAAAGUUGCUGCAGCAAUGUCGAUUAUUGCAUUGCUUUAUAUGAGAGUGUUUCUUCCAGAGUCCAACAACAACAUUUGUUCAAAGGUCACAGAUACUGAUUUUCUUGUCGAGAAAGCGGCCGUUGUUGCAUUCUCUAUCAAUGUUGCGGAAGUUGGCCUCAAUGCUUCUUUGAUGCUCAUCGUCGUACCGUUAUUAAAACCGCUCAUGGGAGAAGAGAAGAUGCUUUCCGUGGGCCUCUUUUUCGGCUGUGCUCAUUUUCCUUAUGUAGCAGCAAUGAUUACCGUUGUAGCUACUUUUGCUCUGCCAUGUCUACGAAGCAUUGCAUCGAAACAAACAGGGCCGAGUGAGCAGGGAAAGACGCAAGGGUGCAUCACGGGCAUAUGUUCUUUCGCCAACAUUGUCUCUCCUCUUGCUUUCACCCCUUUGACAGCAUUGUUUUUAUCGGACGAUGCACCAUUUCACUUUCCUGGAUUCAGUAUUAUGGUCUCCGGCUUAGCAGCUAUGACAACAUUCGUACUAAGCGUCACGAUAAGGCCAACUCCUUCCCGAGCCCACUAUUGCAUCUCUGACCAAACAGAGCCCUUAGUUUGA